CUGUGUCUCUACUACUACUGCAUGCAGUUCAUGAGGUGUCACUCACAGUAGUUCCUCUGUCCAAGAUGGCUCGGGACUCUAGGUAGCCCUCAAGGGCUUUAUUAAUGUGACCACUACAAUUGCUAAAACAACCUGAACUCGUUCCUCUGGGCCUUUAGAACUUUGCUCUUUAGUGACUGUUAGAGUACCAAAGAUCCCCUCUCGGGUUUAACUUCCAACAUGCUUCUAACAACCUAGACGAACCUAGAAACAAUUUCUCAUACUCUGGUUUUCUCAUCCUGAAUUUCUCAUAACACAUUGUCUGCUGUUUUAAAAACCACAACAAGACCAAACACCGAUCUGUCAGGAAUCUGUCAGAACAUCACAAAUUGUUUGAUUUGAUACAUUGAAAAGUAACUGUAGAAGAUGGACAGUGCUAGGACAGAAUACUCAAAUGGUAUACCUGCAAGAAGCGUUCCAAAAUCGAGACAGGAUUCCACGAAAGCACCAGAGCUUCAGGCAGUGGAGGGACGUAACUGGCUACUGCAUCGUCAUUAUUCCAGGAAAGAAUUCGGAAUUUGUAAAAUCUUGGUUCAAGAAGAACUGGAACGUACACGAGGAAAACAUGAGUACGCAAAUUACAUACAGGGUCUUAUAUUACGUCAUGAAGGAAAAAUUCAAGAAUCACUAGAAUGCUUCCAGAUAUGUCACAGUCUUAACCAACGGAAUGUAGAUAAUAUUAAACAAGUGGCUCGAUCACUUUUUCUUUUGGGUUUGCAUAAUGUUGCAUUGGAAGCAUAUCUGGAAGCUCAACAAGUAUCCAAGACUCCUGACUGGGAUAUUUUUCACAACUUAGGUGAAUGUUGGUUGCGAUUAGGAGAGCACGGAAAAGCCAAGGAAGCUUUGCGUCAAGCGGUGCAGCUUGGUCGCCAUGAGCGUUCCUACAUUGCUCUUGCAAAUAUGUACAAAAUGGAAGGUGAAAUGCAGGCAGCUAUUGAUAUAUACAAAGCAGCUGUAGAGCUUUUUUUUUUAAGAGCUUCUCCUGAUAGUGCACAACUAGCUACAUCACUGGGCCUUCUUUAUCUUCAAGAAGGCAAAUAUCAACAUGCCUUGGAAAAGCUUGGUGGAGCUCUAGCAAGGGACCCUCAGUGUGCUCAGGCUCUCUUGGCUGCUGGAGCCAUGAUGCAAAACCAUUCUGAUUAUGAUGUAGCCUUAUCUAAGUACAAAAUAGCAGCUCAGUCUUGGCCAGAGUCCCCUGCUCUGUGGAACAAUGUGGGGAUGUGCUUUUAUGGGAAGAAGAAGUUCGUGGCAUCUCUGAGUUGUUUGAAACGGGCUCACUAUCUCAGUCCUCUGGAUUGGGACAUUUUGUUCAACUUGGGUCUUGUUCACAUGGCUACUCAGCAGUAUGCAUCUGCAUUUCACUUCCUAUCUGCUGCAAUAAACUUGAAACCAGCACAUGCUGGCACUUUUCUCCUUCUUGCCAUUACGUUACGUCACCUGGAAGAUCCAGACAAUGCCACUGAGGCUUUCAAGCAGGCAAGUUUCCUUGCCCCUUUAGAUGUUAGCGUUCCCCUAAACUUUGCUGUGUUUCUUGAGAGUCAAGGAGAUCUAGAAGGUGCAUCUCUGCAGCUUGUAAGAUUCCAGGAUUUGGCUCAAGUGACUCCACAAAUAAGUUCAGAGCUCUUGCAAACUUCAUCACAAUUAAGUAAAUCUUUGAACAGUCGGCUGCUUUCUGACACUUCCAGUAAGGCUUCAGCCACAGGCACAGAUGCCAAUGACAAGUCCCACAUAGAGGUAGAAGCUCAGGUUCGGGUUCGUAAUCAUCCCAUAGAUUCUUCUCCUGAAAGUGAACCACGAAAUAAUCUUGCUGACGAUGAAGUGUGAAAAAAUGGGGAAAAUAUGAGAGAUUUAUUAAUAAUAAAGUUGUGUUAAAGCUUGAUCUCAUCACACCAAAGUAGUACAUAUUUUUAAGUCCAAUUAUAUUUUUUAGGCGUAAGUAAAAUAUUGCCUUUGAUUGUAACAUUUAUAAGUUCUAAAAGAACAGGAUGUGACAUGUGAUAAGGUGUGCAGCAAGCAGCCCUAAUGGCUUAUGGAAACAUAUUGAAAAAAUAAAAUUUGCCUUGUUUCACAGAA